AUGACACGUAAAGAUUUAAUAAAUUCUUACAAAAUACCAGAUUUAUUUUUUGUUUAUGAAGCUGUUGAUGCUUUUAAUUAUAAAAACUAUUUGUUACAUUUAUUCUCUGUUUGUACCAAUGGAGAAAAAAUAACUAUAAACAUUAUUAUAAAGGAUAUAUUUUUUGAUAUUAAAUUAAAAAGUGAAGAAUUAAUUGAUUCAUAUAUUGAUGAAUUUAAACCAGAUUCAUUCGAAAUUAUUGAAAAACAACCAUUUGAUUCAAAAAAAUAUAAUUUUAUUCGUUUAUAUUUUAAAACCUAUAAAGAACGAAAAGAAGCAUUGCAAAGUCUAAAAGAUAAACUUGAUAAAUUAAAUGAAUUAAAAGAACAUUCGUAUUUAAAAGAAAAAGAAAAAGAAAUUAUACAACAGAUUGAAGAUUAA